AUGGAGUCUACGUUCUGCAGCCCCGCGGAGGCGGCGCUACAGCGAGAGGCGGACGCCGCAGGGCUGCUUACUCCUCAUGAGGACUUGGACCGAGUGUAUGAGCUGGAGCGAGUCGUUGGAUUUCUUCGCGAUGUGGGGUGUCAGCGGGUGGCCUUGCAGUUCCCUGAUGGACUACUGGGAGAUGCUGGGGCCGUGGCUGCACGACUGGAGGAGGUCACAGGGUCAAAGAUGUUCAUUCUGGGAGACACGUCCUAUGGCAGCUGCUGUGUGGAUGUGUUGGGUGCUGAGCAAGCUGGAGCUCAGGCUCUUGUACAUUUUGGCCCCGCUUGCUUGAGCCCUCUAGCCCGCCCUCUGCCUGUUACCUUCGUCCUUGGUCAACGUUCUGUGGCUUUGGAGCUCUGUGCCAAGGCCUUUGAGGCCCUGUACCCGGAUCCCACAGCACCUGUGGUGCUGUUGAGUGAGCCAGCCUGCUCCCAUGCCCUGGAGGCCUUGGCUACUCUCCUGUACCCCCGGUACCUGGACCUUCUUGUCUCCAGCCCAGCUCUUCCCUUGCCAACAGGAUUCCUCAUUUCAGAGCCUGAACCACUGGAGUGUUUUGGACGCCGCUUCCCCUUGGCCCCAGGAAGGUGCCUGGAGGAGUAUGGUGCCUUCUAUGUGGGAGGCUCUGGGGCCAGCUCUGGCCCUGACCUUGAUCCAGACCUGAGUCGACUCCUCUUGGGCUGGGCACCAGGGCAACCCUUCUACUCUUGUUGCCCAGACACAGGGCGGUCUCAGGAUGAGACUGCCCGGGCUGGGCAGCUAAGGGCACGCAGAUACUACCUGGUGGAGCGGGCCAGAGAUGCCCAUGUGGUGGGGUUAUUGGCAGGCACAUUGGGUGUAGCCCGCUACCGUGAGGCCCUGGCACACUUUCGGAACCUAACACAGGCUGCUGGUAAGCGUAGCUAUGUGUUUGCCCUGGGGCGGCCCACUCCCACCAAGCUUGCCAACUUCCCUGAAGUGGACGUCUUUGUGCUUUUGGCGUGUCCUCUUGGUGUCCUGGCCCCCCAGCCUUCAGGUAGCUUCUUCCGACCUGUGUUGGCACCAUGUGAGCUGGAGGUUGCCUGCAACCCUGCCUGGCCACCUCCCGGGCUGGCCCCUUACCUCACACAUUAUGCAGACUUGCUGCCAGGCUCUCCCUUCCAUGUGCCCCUCCCACCACCUGACUCGGAGCUGUGGGACAUGCCAGAUGUGUCACUCAUUACUGGGGAUCUCCGACCUGCACCUGCCUGGAAGCCAUCAAAUGCUCCUGGGUGCUCAGCCCUGACCUCUCGGCCCCAGCUAGAAUUAGCUGAGAGCAGCCCUGCAGCUUUGUUCCUUAGUUCUCGGACCUGGCAGGGGCUGGAGCCUCACCUGGGUCAGACGCCAGUGACGGGAGCUGUGAGUGGAAGACGAGGAAUCGCCAUUGCCUAUGAGGAUGAGGGAAACAGCUAA